AUGAAAUUACUAUAAAAUGAAAUAAUAAUCAGAAUGAUAUAACUCAAAAAUAUAUACAAUGCUAUUAAACUCCUAGAGGUGAGAGAGAGUCAACAGAUAAGUAUGUAGCUAAUGUAGAAAAAUGUUUAUUAAGUCAUAAAAAAUAGUUUGAUUUUACUCAAAGUAAAAUGGAAGAAGUAAUUAAAAACAUUGAAUAAGCUAAGGAUAAUUAUAGAUCCAGAGAUAUUAACUGCUUCAAUCUUGUUGGUGAAAGUGAGCUUAAAAAUUGCAAAGAAGUAGAAAAAAGAAACUAUUUGCUUAAGAUCAAAUCUAUUUAUGAAUCAGUCCCAGAGUUAAAUAGCAUAAACAAGCUAUGAUUUUUAUAAAUUAUUUUUAAAAUUAAAACUUUAUGUUAUUUUUUACAAUAUUUAUUAAACAAAUUAUUCUCAACCACCUCUAAAAAAAUAAAUUUUAAUUGGUAAAAGACUUUAUGUAUUUUGA